AUGCAAACUACGCCACUCCUUGCCCCCGCUUUCCAGGCCACUUCUGGAUACUGCCAGUUGGAUGGGUUCGUCUCGCAGAGCGCCGUGCAGCGGAUGUGUGAGGAAGCAAAUCUUCUGAGGCAGCAGAGUGUGGGUUUCAGCUCCACCAACGUUCACAACCUGCUCUUGGAGGCAGAGACAAAUUCCAAUCCGCCCGCAUCGCCCCGCGCGAAAGUCUUCCACAGCAGCAAGACUUUGGUUGCCAUGAGCCACUUACCUGAAAGCAGCCUCUUGCGGGAGCUCUAUGCUGACAGCGCUGUGAGGGAGCUUGUGCGGCAGUGCUUCGGCCUGCCAAGAUUAUGCUGCUCUGCAGAUCCGCAUGGCGGCGUGUACUACAACUUCUUCGAUGAGGGCGAUACUCUUGGGUGGCACUGCGACAGGUCCCACUUCUCCGUGAACUUGAUACUUCAGACCGCAGAGGGAGGCGACUUUGAGUACGUCCCUGAGUCGCGCGGCUUGGUGGAGGAGGUGGAGACAUGGACAGAUCUUGAGAAGGAUCUACAGAGCAACAAGAUCGUUCCAAAGCUGAACGCCGGAAGCAUCUACCUCUUUGCUGGGAAUGCCUCUUUCCAUCGGGUGUCACCGGUGACGUCCGGCACCCGAAUCAAUGCCAUCCUGACUUACAAUGUCGAGGAAAACCAGCGGCUGAAUGCCUACACGCUGAAGCAGUUCUUCGGCAUCGGCGAGGACGCAGCUGCGUGA